CAAUGAUGAUAUGUGGUUGGGAUCUAUCCACAAUUUCUGACGGUUACAAUAGAAUCACCAAAGGAGAAUGAUUAUGAAUAAUCCGACUCCCAUCUCAACUCCACUCUACUUAAACUCCCCAUGAUCGUAGAUAAGCAAUUCAACACAAAACAGAGUAAGCGCUACAGAGCAUAGCGUCACCGGAGUAAGAGACAAAGAGGGGGGCAUAUGGAGUGUUACCGUGAGUUGAUACCGGGUUUGCCUGAUGACAUAGCGUCGGACUGCAUCGCGCGAGUCACGGUCCGAUUCCACUCGGGCCUCCGACUCGUCUGCCGCCGCUGGCGCGAUCUGGUCACCGCCUCCGACUUCUAUCGCCUCAGGGAACGCAUCGGAGCCGCGGAGGACCUGAUCUUCCUCGUUCAGGCUUGCAGGGGCGGGGACUGCGAGGAUGAUGGAGCGGAUGAGGGGGAGAAGGGGUGUGGCAUCGGUUCCCAGCCGCCGGCGUACGGGCUGAGCGCCUAUAAUGUCACGAGGGAGUCGUGGCACCGCGUGGCGACGAGCGAGGCGGUGCCCCUUUUCGCGCAGAUCGCGUCGGUGGGGCGGAAGGUGGUGCUGCUCGGAGGCUGGGACCCAGCGAGCCUGGAUCCUACUGCGGAGGUCCGGGUUCUGGAUCCGGCGACGGGCGGGUGGCGCAGAAGGACGCCGAUGGCGGAACCGAGGAGCUUCUUCGCCUGCGGAGCGGUGGGCGGGCGGGUGUUCGUGGCGGGGGGUCACGACGCGCAGAAGAACGCGCUGCGGACGGCGGAGACGUACGAUCCGUCGGCGGACGAGUGGGCGGCGUUGCCGGAUAUGGAAGAGGAGCGGGACGAGUGUCAAGGGAUGGAGGCGGGGGGCCGGUUCUGGGCUGUGAGCGGAUACGGAACGGAGGAACAAGGGCGGUUCGCUGGGGCGGCGGAGUGGUACGACGCGGCGGCGGGAAAAUGGAGGAGGGAGGAGGUGAUGUGGGAAGCGGGCGGUGCCGCUUGCGUCGGGGUGGCGGGGGGCAGUAUAUGGAGCGUGGGGUUCGGUCGGGAAGGGGGAGGAGCAGGAGGGGUGAGAGAGUACGAAGGGGUGGGAAGGGGGUGGAAGGAGGUGGCACCGCUACCGGCGGGGGUGAAGCGGGGACCGAGACCGUGCGCGGCGGUGGCAGUGGGCGGUGGAGAUAAGGAAAGGGUGUUCGUGAUGGCGACAGAGGAGGAGACCGGUGGUGUGCACCGGGGGUGGGUCCUGGAGGUGGGGCCGAGGCGGUGGACUCGCGUCGAAACGCCGGUGGGGUUCACGGGGUUCGUCUACUCGGCCGCUGCGGUCCGACUCUAAAUCGACACCUUAGACCGGAACGGUUCCACUCUCGCCCUCGACAGAUCCAUAUGUGUAACGAGGAAUGGAAACUAUACGGGCCUUAUCGACCAUUUGAUGGUCCGAGUAUUGUAUAUUAUGAUGUUAUUUAUGUAGUAAUAGGAAUGUACGGAGGUGUUUUGGAUCCGAGAAAUAAACUUUUCCUUUAGAUCGACUA